CUUUGACGCUGGUUGUGGCGGUGGCACCGGCGUUAGAAACGACGUGACCGUCUUAGGAUUCCCGCUAAUAAAAAAGAGAAAAGGUUGGCACCUUUCUUAAAUUACUGAAAACGUUUUUAAUUAUUUGUUUCACUCUGAUCUGAUCUUUUUCGUUGGUUCGUGGUGUUGAUUGAACUGCGUGGGUCCCUAAGAGUGUGGGGAGUGCAUCUGAGCUGGUUCAUUUUUGGGUUGAUUUGAACCGUUUGGCUUAAAUUAGUUUCUUCCUUUUCGUUUCUUCUCACAAUCUCGAGCUUUUAGCUUUUCUGGGUCGGCGAUUCAGUUGAAUAUUGAGAGAUUGGAUUCGGUAAUGCUUAUAAAGGAUGUCACUCGAGAGUAUUAUGCUAGAAUUAAAGGAAAUGAAAGAGGGGAUUGGGAACAUAUCAAAGGAGGUGAAAGCAAGAUUCGGCGUAGUCUGACUCGAUCUCAUGUCGCUCCUGAUCGAACACCGGCCGUAUCUGAAUCCGUAGACCAAAGCCCUUGGGCGAAUCUGCCGCCCGAGUUGCUCUUGGAUAUCAUCCAAAGGGUCGAACUGAGUGAGACAGCUUGGCCUGCUCGAGCAGUUGUCGUGUUUUGCGCAGCAGUUUGUAGGUCUUGGAGGGAGAUUACAAAGGAGAUUGUGAAAACUCCCGAGCAAUGUGGAAGCCUCACAUUCCCCAUUUCGUUGAAGCAGCCCGGUCCUCGCGAUUCCCCGAUCCAAUGCUAUAUUAGAAGGGACAGAGCAACUUCUACAUAUCACUUGUUCUAUGGUCUGAUGCCUUCUGAGGGAAAGAAUGAUAAAUUCCUGUUAGCAGCAAGGAAGGUCAGAAGGGCUACAUGCACGGACUUCAUUAUAUCUAUGGCUGCUGAUGAGUUUUCUAGGGCCGACCAUACAUAUAUUGGUAAACUAAGGUCUAAUUUUUUCGGUACCAAGUUCACGAUAUAUGACAGUCAACCUACAUGUGAUUCAAUAGUACCAUCAACUACCCGAUCGAGUCGAAGAUUACAUUCGAAGCAGGUGUCUCAAAAACUAUCUUCAUCCAACUACAACAUAGGUACCAUUACCUACGAGCUCAAUGUUCUCCGAAAGCAGGGACCGAGGAGAAUGUAUUGCGUUUUGCACUCGGUUCCCGUGUCUGCUAUUCAGGAAGGAGGCACCGCACCGACACCAUUGGCAUUCAGCCGAUCCUUUGACGAACAACUUUCUUCCUUAACCAAUUCGAAAGGUAAGGAACCAGUGGCAAACACCAGCUCCCGAUCCCUCCCAGUCAUGCCAAUAGUUGCCGUGGACUCAGGAGAGCCACUAACCCUAAAGAACAAGGCUCCAAGAUGGCAUGAACAGUUACAGUGCUGGUGCCUUAACUUCAAGGGGCGUGUGACGGUGGCCUCUGUUAAGAAUUUCCAGCUUGUUGCAGCUGCAGAGUCAUCACAUAACAUAUCACCCGAAGAGCAAGAGAAGGUAAUCUUACAGUUUGGAAAAAUCGGCAAAGACAUCUUCUCCAUGGAUUAUCGUUACCCUCUAUCCACUGUCCAAGCUUUUGCAAUCUGCCUAAGCAGCUUUGACACCAAACCGGCUUGUGAAUGAUCACUGCGGAUCAGAGAUCUAUGUCAUCGAUGUUGCUAUGGUUUAUUAUUAAUCCUUCCUUGCUUUCAAGCCCUGGCAAUCUACCAGGUCAGCUUUAUUCCAAACAGGCCUGUGAAUGAUAUAUAGCAUGUUGGUAAGAAGAUACCCUUCUUUCUCCCUUGGAACGCUUCCUCUAUUUUAUUACUUGCAUUUAUGUGUUAAUGGAAGCUUUUCUUGAGAGUCCUA